CGUGCGAUCUACGCGAUGGGAAUAAAGGCAAAGAGCGAAGCAGCAGUUUUCAUCCCGACUGCACAAAAUCGUUCACCCCAUACGGCACCGCGCCUACAAAUAGCCGCGCGGAGUGCGCGUGCCCCGUUGCAGCCGCGGCAGUCCACAGAGCACGAGAAGCGAGAGGUCGGUCCGCGCCAGCGCCAGCGAGCAGCUACAGCGGAGCGCAUGGACGGGCAGGGGAAGGAUGGCGGCAGCGGCGACGGGGGAGCGGGGGGCCAGUGCGACGUGGUGGGCAGGGCCUUCGUGGAGUACUACUACCAGACGUUCGACGCCAACCGCGGCGCGCUCGCCUCGCUCUACGGCGGCACCUCCGUGCUGUCCUUCGAGGGCCACCGCGUCGCCGGCGCCGGGGAGAUCGGGCUGAAGCUGGCCCAGCUGCCCUUCGAGCAAUGCCGGCACUCCAUCUGCACCAUCGACUGCCAGCCCACGCCGUCCUUCCCCGGCGGCAUCCUCGUGUUCGUCAGCGGCAACCUCCAGCUCGCCGGCGAGGAGCACCAGCUCCGGUUCAGCCAGAUGUUUCAGCUGGUGCCCAACGAGCAGGGAAGCUUCUUCGUGCAGAAUGACAUAUUCCGGCUCAACUACGGAUAGCAUGGCAGGGUCGCGUGGGGGUGCCGAAAGGAAUGUGGAUGCUUGGAUGCUCUGGCCGUCCCGUAUAUGGGCGCACUUGCUUUCUCGCUUUCGUUCUUUUCUUUACAUUACGUUCAUGUAGCAAGCACCAUCCUGGAUAAUAAAGUUGGUGGUGGCCCGGGUGCGCGUCGAA